UGUGUUGGAAAAUUUUGCCUCAUUCUGAUCGGGCAACGUUCGUGAUGGAGUUGUAAUUCAUCAUUUGAUAUACUUUUUUUUCCUGGUGCAGACAAAAGGGCAAGUAAAUAUUUCAUUAAAUUGUCGCCAUCAAAUAUUUACCGUCUGAUUUGUGUAUAGUCGUGUCAUUCGAUUAGUGCUGACGCAGACCAAGCAGCUGAAAGUGUCAGCAAAUAUCGGAAUGAGGAGAAUCAAUUUCCUUCGAAAACUACCUUCCUGAGUAAAGGAAGGAAGUGGAUUUGGCUGUUUACGUUGUCGUGAGAACGCCAAUAGCAUCUACAAAACCGAUCGGUCAGCAGUAUUAACGUUGAAUAAAGUGUUUCGAUAUCGAGCGCCCAUCAUGUGAAAGAGAGAAAUUGUAUCGAAAUCAACGAUAUUCACAGAAUUAAGGUGUACUCGGGAACCAGACAGUACCCGCACAUCACAUUCGACCGCAAGCAAAAAAAAAAGAACUUUUAAGUGAGAGUGAGAUCAGAGGAAAUUGUGUGAGAGAAAAAAUGAAAACCGGGUGUUAUUUUUGAGAUCAGUGAACGGUAGCACACUAAACGCCACCCCCCAAAGCAGAGACGCGUUGGAAUUAGUGUUCCGUUCGGUUUCGUCAACUCUCUGCAAAACGAACACCGAUCCGGGGCGGUUUCGGUUGUAAGCGAAUGUUUACUGCGUAAUAAGUGUUUUGCUUGUACAAGUGACCGGUUGCUUGUAAGCUGAACUUGAUCCCGAAUAUCUGAGUAAGGAUAUAGACUUGUGUUUUAUUUUUCGGAAACAGCGACAGAGAACGAAGCGCUAGGCAACCAUACAAGUCUCAGUCAUUAGUCAACUGACUAGGCUAGCGGUAGUGAGCGAUUAGGCGACAGUUGUCGGUUCUGUAGAUUUGUGGACGAGCAACAGAGUGGCUAGUAUUCGGUAGAUCUUGCACACGCGGCAACCCCAGAGGAAAACUUUGAAUCUGGGGUAUUCCAGGCGGUACCCAUGCUAAACUACCGCCUUGUGUCAACACAUUUCCUAAAACAACCGUAGAUCAUUCAAGGACAGGUCGUAAAAAUGUGCAGAGAUAGAGAUAUGCCACUUCGAUGAAUUAAUUGCAAGUUGUUCUGCCAGUGUUUCCUUCGCUUGUGUGUGCGUAUGAUAUCGCGCGGAUGCGUAUGUAAUUGUUAUUCUUGUUGUCAUUGCUGAAGAAAAGUGUCGUAAUUUUGUCGUAUAGUCUAUGCGAAGACGCGACACGGGAACCAGUGUUUGAGGGUACCAACGGACGAUAUCUCGCCGCUGAAAACUCAACAACCGAGUCCGAUCAAUAAAAGGAAAGGAUAAUCUGCUGAAUUAACGCCAAGCCACAUUCUCCAAAAUCAUUUAUCAGUACAAGCAUAUCUGUGUGCGUGUACCCAUCUGGCCGUUUCUCUCGACAACUUGCCUUCGAUUGUCAUUGUUAGUGGACGGCAAAGAGCUACCAAUAAAUAAUUGAAAAAGCAAAAAAAAAAAGUAAAUAAAAUCACCAUAGCCGGCCGUUUAAUAAUUCAUACCGAAUCGGAGUGAAGGUGAACCGCGCGGCACAAAAAUUGUGUUAUUGCAUCGCGUUCACCCUCCAGUCGCCAGUUCGAAAGCUUUGAAGUUUUUUGCUCAAGAGGAGGACGUCGAUCGCAACGAUCGAGUAUUCGGAACCGGGUGUUUUGUUUUUUUGUUGUUGUUUUCUCGAACAAGCAACGAGCACACAUCCAGCAAUAACUCGUGCGCCAGCUUUUUUGGUGUAGUUUGCGAAAAUUCCACCCAAAAUUGAAGCAUUUGCUAAAAACGUUUGGGAAACAGUAACAGCUUGUGUGUGCGGCAUGCGUCGCCCAUCACUGGGACAGAAUGAAGACGACCUGAGUCGUCUCACAACGGUAUUAUCCCCAACGACAGCCAGCUUAUCUUCGACGCAAACGGAACAUGAAGCAGGAGACAGUAGCAGUAGUGGUAGCAGCAGCAGCAGCAAGACUAAUCAUACAAACAACCAUCACCUGGAACAACACAACAACACAGGAAGCAAUAACAGUGCCCGCCAUGGGGACGGAAACGGCAACAAUGGAUCAGGGGGCGAACUGAUAUCCCAGUAUCUGCCCAAUCUGAUUAAUUCAUCCGAGUGGCAAAACUGCCGAAAACGCAAAGAACGACAGGAUAGUACCUCCUCGAUCAGUCAGGAUCGGAAGUUGGUCCGAUCGAACAGUGAAGAACACCUGCCCAACUGUCAGGAGGUCAUUCGCCGUGUGUCUUCGCACGAGGAAUUCAAGAGACCUUCGCCGUUAAUAGAAAUUUGUCUCGAUAAGGAAAACAUUAUCGAGGAAACUGCAGAAGAACAUCAACUGUUGAAGGACCAACAAAUUUUCGAGAAGAAUCUUAAAAACAGCUCUGAAAAUUUGAAAAAAUUCUUCAUUGGCAGCGAAACACUUUGCGCUGCUGGAAAAGAUUCUUCCGAGAGCCAAUGUGUCAAAACUAGCGAACAGCAUCUCUAUCAGCAUUCUCACAACAAUCAUUUAAGCCAUCACAACCAUUCCUCUAGACAUCGGCUUUCGCCAUGUCGUGAUGUGCUAAGGAACCGUAAAGACUCUGACAGCGAGUUGGAUGGAGAACACGAACGGCGGCGUCAUUGUGAAAGGUUUUCCAAAACACGACCACCGCCGGGACGCAAAUCUGUUUCUCCUCGAAACCGCACUAAGCAAAUCAAACAUGUAUCUGGCAAGGAUAAGAGCGGGAACGAGCAUUUCUACUCCAAGCAUGACUCGCACCAUUCAAUCAAGCACGAGCGCCGUACCUACAGUAAACGUGAUAAAUCAUGUGAAGCCCAGAAAAGUCCCGAACCGGAAAUAUUCUCUGACUACAAUGACAACAACGUUCUGGAGAAGGGAGGUGUCGAAAUACCGCGUGGAAAGCAAUUACCGUGGGAACAAUCGUCUCAGGACGACACACCGGUCGUAUGUCAACGUUUCGCGGAGCAUAAUUUCGAACACGCCAACACAAUGGGAACGUUCGGUGAAAUUCGAAGUCUUCCCCCGAAUGCCACCAUGAAACAUUAUGGUAACCAUCGUAGCUCGGAACUACACCAAACAAACCAGAAACCGAUUCCGCAGGCUAAUAACAUGUUUGACGAGCGUAUCAAAACUAUCAACCGUAAAUUGAGCACGCUGAAGAAGAAACUCACGCAGUAUGAAGAUCGGUUCGAACGGGAGAACGGUUACCGGCCGGCCCAUGGAGAUAAGACCAGCGAUAGCUCCAUCCGGGCGGUAGUAGUCGAAAUACACAAGUUGCGCAAGGAGAAAAAUCAGAUCAAGGCAGAUUUGGCGGUGUUCAACGCGAAAGCGGUGGCAAAAGCAACCAAUAGUUUAGAUGUCACAGAUUCGGCUGCAACCGAGGACGCGAAUAAGCUGAACAAGAUGCAGGAUACAAUUGCUGAUAUUGAGAAGCGCCUCCACGAAAAACGAGCUACGGAGAAUCGCAGUGAAAAUUUGGACAGCCUCUCCGGCGAUCAGCUUGUUGAAGAGAAAGCAUCCGUUCAGCGUGCGUUGCUCUACCUGGAAUCGAUCUACGGACGUCCUGCCAGCAGAGAGGAACGCGAUGCUGCCAGACCGCUGUACGAUCGUUAUCGACUUAUAAAGCGGCUGGUUAAUCGAGCCAAUUCAAUCAGCGGUCCUUGCGGAGCAAAUUCUCAGAUGCCAACAAUUUUGGAGCAUGAAGCUCUGGCCAUCGUGGGAACCGUGACCCCCUCAACGGAUAUUUCUCCGCCGUCGGCCACAUCCAUGAUUCAGUCGCCUACGGACACUUCGGUUGCUUCAACUGCUGCGCCCUCGACGGAUGAGUCGGAAACGACAACCAGCUCGAUUACGGAGAAUAUCCAUUCGAUGACUGCCGAGGAGUUGUGGGAACAUUACGAUGCUGCCCGGGAAGAGAAAAAGGAGCUGCGGCGAACUAUAAAAAUUUUUGAACAACAGUUUGAAGAAACUACCGGCCGGAAAAUGCUAAAAUCGGACCGGAAGACUAUUGAGGAUACUUAUGCUCUGUACAAGCAGAAGAAGGCAAAACUUCGACUCAUUGAUGCUCUCUUCAAGAAGCAGAUGGCGGUUUAAAGUGAUCUCCUAAUUCCCUUUCUCGCCUUACUCAUGUUGAUUCCAAAUAUUCCCCUCCAAUAUUACGAACAAUUCUUCCCGUUUUAUUUUCGAUCACAUCCAUUGUAAAUUUUCCUUUCAUAACCAUAAUCACUAUGUUCAUUCUAUUUAUUUCAUUUGUGCACCGCGUUCAAUACGUUUAUGACUUUUUGUGAACAUAUUAUACCUUACCUCGCGCUGUUUCGUUCGUUAAACGUGGUGAAACACUACAUUCAUUUUGUGAGAACUUCUAAAUCUGUCGACGAAAACUAACGACGACCUUCAUCAAUAUCAGUAAAAUUUGUUUGAAUGUCGUCAAAUUGCAAACCAUAUAUAUUGAUAUAUUGAUACAGAAAGCAUCAGAAAAAGGCAUACAAUCUACUUUUGAGCUUGUUUACUUGUGUUUUAGUUUUUCUUCUGGUGUCUAUUUAUCUGUUAUUAAGUGAAUAAUCGUGAACUCUACUUGUUUUUGAACUGCAUAAUAGUGUUAUGGGAAUGUCUCCUCAAGCUUGAAAAUUUUUGGAAUAAUGCGGUCUUUUGCCGAAGAGAAUAAAAACAGUAUAAAGUAUUUAUACAAAUGAUCAGAAUAACAGCAACAGAUAUACUACAAGCCAAGAUCAAUGAAUGCACCUUGGCUACAAAGAAAAAAAAACAAACAAACAAACAAAACUAUUCAGUUUGGUCUAGUGCAACAAUGUAAGCGAUAUUUACAUUUCAUAUUGUGACCUAAACAAAAUACAUGUAAUGUAUGAAACUUUUAAUUUAGCCUUUAUAUACAUUCGGGAAAGAAAAGUGCAAACUUAUAAUCAGUUAAAUUUUGGAGCACGAAAUGAAAUAAAUCCAGUGUACAUGUACUACUACCAUUUAAUCAAUCUUUACACGAAAUAGUUACUUAUCAACUACAUGCAGAAUUUUGCGGAAAAUAAAUAAAACUUGAAACCGACCCUGUGCUACUAUAUCGAAAAUCAGUAAAAACCAACAAAAACCCAUAGAAAAGCGGCAUAACACACAAAACAGUACAUAAAUAAACACAUAUUUGUAGCUCUUUAAGAUUCUGAUUGGGACGAUUAUUAUUAUAAUUAUUACUGAUGGUAAACCGAAAGAAAGCGAUAUGUUCUCAAAGAACGAUUUAUUACGCAUUAUGAUUACUAUAUGAUUACUAAUAUAAUUGAUAGUGUAUUUGGUGCAUGAAUUGCAAAUUGAGGAGAGGCAUUGAGAAAUAAAGCAAUGUUGGCAGUAAAACCGGAAUGUUCGCAGAGGCAUCGAGUGAAUAAGGAUGUAAUAGAUUUAGUUCUUGGUGAAUAAAAUACACGCAAAGUUAAGCUAUGUGCAAAA